AUCCGGACGCCCCGCCAUCAAAGAAGCAGUCUCGUCUCGGCCGGCCGACGCGGGCCGUGCCUCUCUGCCGGGAUAGUGCGGAACAUCGUCACGGCGGCUGUGACGCUUCGUGACGAUACAGGGCGUGACAUUGAUAUUGUUGAAGAGCUCCUCAUCAUUCGCCGCCGUCCACCACAUCGUUCAAAAUAAUGCUCAGAGCUGCUCUCCGCCCUGCCACCGUCGCUGCGCGCAGCGUCCGCCCCACCGCCUCCACCGUCGCUCGCGCCCUUUCCACGAGUGCCAUUCGUCGUUCGGGUGCUCCCCCUGCCAUCUUCGGUGAGGGUGCAAAGCCCGGAGAAGUCCCCACCGACUUCAACCAGUCAACUGGUCUUGAACGUCUUCAAGUCCUCGGUGAGGUGGAGGGUGUUGACGUCUUCGACCUCAACCCUCUGGACUCUAGCAGGAUCGGUACCAAGGUCGACCCUAUCAAGGUCUUCUCCUGGGAACCUGAGCGCACCAUUGGAUGCACUGGCGCCCCUUCCGAAUCUCAUGAGCUCCUCUGGAUGAAACUUACCAAGGAGAAGCAACGUCGCUGCCCCGAGUGCGGUUCCGUGUACCAACUUGACUUCCACGGUGAAGAGCAUGCCCAUGCUCACCAUUAAAGCGACUCGAAGGAUGCAUCAGGACCUUAUGGGAAUGUAGAAUCACUUCGCUUUAAUGCUAUCCAAUCAAUCUUUUUCUGCUCU